AUGUCGUACAGCUACCGGGAGCGUGAUCGGUACGAGGAUGACCGACCCAUCACUAUCAAGCGUUACGUCAUCCCCUCUGAAGAGCGGGAUGAACGACGAGAAUUCAAAUUUGACCGAGAUGAUGGAUUUGGUGAGCGAGAAUUGGUGAUCCGUCGGAAAUUCGAGCGUGAACAACCCUUGACAGUGGCUCGGUAUGAGCGCGAUGUGGAAUACGAUCCUCCAGUUCGUCGUGUGGAACGUGAAUAUGAGCGGGAUUACUACUAUGAGCGUGAGUCCACAGAACCCCACGGCCCCCGCCAUUACGCCAGAUCGAAGACGAUGAGUCGGGACCCAUACAGACGACCCCUGGGCUCGGCUCAUUCUCAUAUUGAGCAUUCAUUAACGUCCUCGAUGUCAGCUCGCAAUGCGUACUCUAGUCCGCGGGAGUCGGAAUACGACAUGGUUCGACGCUCCGAUGCGGAGGAAGAGCCCUACUACUACCACCGUCAUCGACGUGUGCGCGAGUAUGAUGAUCGUCGCUCACGUCGUGAGUUGAGCCCCGGUGACUCUGUUUCUCAGGCGAGCCGUCGUCAUCGUCGCGACCGUGAUGAUUACAGCAGCGACGAUAGCAUGGUCUACAUUCGCAAAGAGACCCGUGAGUAUGACGAUGAACGUCCCCACCACAAGCUCCAUCUCGCUGAAGGCGCACUCAUCGGGGUCGGUGCCGCCGAGCUCCUUCGCAACCACAAGCAACGUGAAGGUAAGGAGGUGGGUCACGGGAUGAGCCAUGCUGUACAGACGGCUGGAGCCGGUGCCCUGGGCGCUGUCGCGGCAAAUGCGGUAGGCCAGGCUCGGGACUAUUAUCGCAGCAAAAGUCGCCAUCGCCAUCGCUCGCACUCUUUCGAUGACGGCCGCCGCUCUCAUCGCCAUAGCCGCCGCAGUCGCAGUCGCAGCCGCAGCCGUUCACAAUCACACUCUCGUGCGAAGACACUCCUGGAAUUGGGCCUGGGUGCUGCAGCAGUUGCCGCCGGCGUGGCUGCCCUGCAGAAGAAGAAGUCCGAUGAUCGUCGCAGCAGAUCUCGAAACCGCUCUCGCUCCCGCUCGCGUCCUCGCGGCUUGUCUCGUGGUCGCUCUGAGACGGUUCUUGACGGUAAAGAGGGCGAGCGCAAGACGCACAUGGUAGAAGCAGGCUUGGCUGGUGCUGCUGUCGCAGGCUUGGUGGAUCAUGCUCGCAAUCGAUCGCGCUCCCGCAAGGGUGAGCGCUCGCAGAGCCGGCUUCGCAAGGCCAUCCCCGUCAUUGGCGCUGGCCUUGCGACUGCGGCUGCCACUGACGCCAAGGGUCCUGUCGAUGCCGGUGAGGAAUCCCGCUCACGUUCGCGUUCACGAAGUCGCAGCCGAGCGCCGUCUGAAGCCUACGCGGACCCGUCGCGUGAGCCGGCCGGACUAAUCGAGUACGGUGCCGAGCCUGUUGCAGGAAGAAUCCCUGCGGAGCAUUACUAUGGCCAGCCGGCUGGUCCUGCAGAUGUCUAUUACUCGGACGGAGCUCGGCGACACAGUCGCUCCCGAAGCCGCGCUGGUCGUUAUAGCCCCAGCUCCGACUCUGACCGUGGCGCUCGUCGCAAGAGCAAGAGGCGUCACAGUCGUUCGCGCGACCUGGCUGGGGCGGCCCUGGGCGCUACAGGCCUGGGAUAUGCAGCGCAUAAAUUCUCGGAGCAUCGAGAGCGCAAGAAAGCUGAGCGGUCCCGUUCCCGCUCACGUACCCGGUACAACGACGACUCCCAUCGAGAUCCUUACGUGGAGGCUUACGAUCCAGUGCCGUACCCCGUCUCUCCCCAAGGUACCCACCAACACCCAGCAGACAGCUACUAUCCCAAAAACAACUAUUUCCCGCCGCCUCCUGGUUCGUCAACGACGAACUUGAACAGUACCCCUCAGCCCUAUAAUCCCGCAAACUACCCACCACCGCCAGGUGCAGCGCCUCCGUCACAACCUUACAAUUAUGGAGUCCCUCCGCCUGAGGCUGAUCCCUAUGCUGCUCGACCACGGAGAGCCGAUGAGAAUGUGAGUCCUGUGGCGAGCUCCACCAUUACCCUUCCCAAUGAGAAAGCCCACGACGGUUUAACUGAGCGCGGCGUUACACCAGAGCAAUCACCUGUGAGCCCAAUGGAUCAGCAACCGACAACGGCCUCCAAGUCCGUGUCAUUUGACUUGGACGCGAAGCUUAAGCGGGCUCAAGGCUCUGCGUAUCAGACCGAAAAUAGCAAAUCAACUAUUGACGGCCACUCGUCGCAUCGUCAUUCUCAUCAUCAGCACCGUACCCAACAACGAUCGUCUACGUCUCCCUUGGAGCAUGAUGACAAUCACAGACUGAGUGGUCGGACCCACGCGAGCUCCAGUUCGUCCGCGUUUCCCGAUGGAGCGUUGUCAUCAAAGUCGCAGUCCCGACAUUCCCGCCGGUCCUUAGUCCAAGAGUCUCACGAUGAUUCAGAUUCUACAGUUGAUCUGCCAGCCCGGUUCGACUCUGAAGGCCAGCCUCUCCCUGAAAGAAGCGCAAGCUCCUCUGUUGAACGACUUGAGGACUUGUUAGAGCGAAUCACCAAGGUUCUGAUUUGA